AUGGUACUCGCCCAGUAUCUAAAGAAGGUCGCGGGUUGGAUCGCUCCUCCUCCGCAAAAGUCGGAAGAUGGACGUGAUCAAUGGCCCUCGCGAGCAGCUUUCCUACUAGCCGCCAUGGGAGGCUGCGCCGGUCAGGGAAACCUGUUGCGAUACCCUUCGGUGGUCUACAAUAACUAUGGACUGCAGUGGUUUAUCCCCUACCUGCUGGCCGUGUUCGUCAUCGCAAUUCCGGCUCUUAUUCUCGAGAUCUCGAUUGGACAAGCCUAUCGUGGCGGCACGGUGAUUGCGUUCAACAAUAUAAACCCUCGGCUGAAAGGCGUUGGCAUGGGUCCGAUUUUGAUCAGUUUUGUUGUUGUGCAAUACUUUACGGUCAACUUGGCGUGGAUCAUGAACUAUUUUCGCAACUCCUUCCGAAGUCCACUGCCAUGGGAGGGCAGAAUUGAGGAAUUUUACAUGGGCAACGUCGUCGCCAAUGUCGAUCCAGUCGUGGGUAAUCUCACUGCUGGUAACGGUGCCGUUGCUCACUAUACCGUGUACCCCGGUGUUGCCCUCAUCGGCGAGACGGUCGGUUGGAGCGCAUUCAUCUGGUUUUUGAUAUGGAUUUCCAUUUUCCGUGGAGUAGGUCUGACAGGUCGCGUCGUCUACUGGACAAUGGGUCUGCCCAUUGUCACCACCCUUAUUAUCGUCGGUCGCUCUUGUUCACUAGAAAAUGCGCGCGAGGGUAUCCGACUCUUAUGGGCGACGUGGAGAAGCGACCAACUAGCCUCAGGAACUGUCUGGCAAACCGCUGUCGGACAGGUCUUCUUCUCUACCGGCAUCGGUUUCGGUUAUUUCACCUCCUAUGCUUCCUAUAAUUCCAAACACUCCAAUGCUAUCAUGGAUGCCAUUCUCAUCUGCGGAAGUAACGUCCUGUUCGAGAAUAUUGCAGCCUUUGCCGUGUUUGGCGUUGUAGGCUAUCUCCGACGUUGGCCACAAGAUGGCGAGAGACUAGGUGCAUUCGUGGUAGGGUUCCUGACGCUCCCCGAAGCUGUGCUCCACAUGCCUGGUGCGAAUUGGUGGGCCAUCCUUCUUUUCUUUACCCUGGUGGUUCUCGGGUUUAGUUCCGCCUUUGUGAUGCUCGACGCAGUAGCUACGUUGGCCGUGGAUUCGGGCAUGAAAAUGUCCCGACCGAUGAUUGUGACGAGUCUCACAAUAAUAUCAUUCCUCAUGUGUUUGCCCUAUUGCACUCAUUUUGGGUUUUACUUGCUGGAUGGAAUCGACCGAUGGAUUAACAAUGUAGCAUUGAUCUUUGUUGUGUGGUCGGAGCUCGUUGGUGCAACCACAGUUUAUCGCUGGCACGACGUGGUGAGCCAGACAGGCCUUCCUGCUUUUGUUGUGUAUAAUUUCGGAUACUUCGGUGGCCAGAUUGUUGGAGUUGCCGUCGCGCACGGUAUCUCGAAUCCGUCAGCUGGCGCCGGGGCCGGGUUUGGGCUGUAUAUCGUCUGUUCAAUUCUUUCCGUCCUCAUCGCCACGAUUCCGGAUAUCAAGGCCGCCAGCUUCUGGGGGCGCAACCCCUUUUCUCAGUCGAUUUUGGGCAAUCAAUUAAGACGCGACCUGAACGGCGUGGUUGGCGGCAAUGGAAACUGGAAUAUCCCUCGUUUCUGGCCCCUUCUACUCCGGUACGUUAGCGCGCCUAUCCUGGCCAUUGUUUUCAGCUUCGCGUAUCCUGAAUUCUACUCCUUGCGAUACGACCCAAUGAUGGUCGCCGGGUUUAUUUUGGCGCACUUUUGUCUGCUCUUGGUUCUGCUCGGUUUGGUGUUUCCACGAUACUACAAUAUCUUCAUUCCGCCUCAACGGAGAACCGAGGGCACUGAAGUGACAAUCGCCAAUCAGCCCAAACAACAUGACUUGGUACCAGACGUCGAGGCGUUUGAGUUAGAAUCUGGCGUGCCGGAGUCAUCCUUGACCCGGAAGGGUGGUUUCCCUUGGGCUAUACGAAUUAUUGGGCUCAUAAGUGUAGGAUUUUGCUGUCUGAGUGUCGCCCUUUUGAAAACGAGAAUCCCCUUGAACUCAGCACAAAAAGGAACCGUUGAUAUCGGGGCUUUGAAGGAACUACGCUUCUCACUAUUGACCGUGGCCAUUGUUUUGAUCGAUUUUGCUCUCCUGAUCCCGUUGACAUAUUUGCCAUCCUAUGCUCAGUCUCGCGGUGUGGGAGAUACUCUUGCAUACAAUCUAUCGUCGAUCCUGAAUGCUGCGUCCAUCGUUGGGCGUAUCGUCCCUGGUUAUUUUGCCGACCGAUUUGGCCGUUUCAAUAUAAUGGUCAUCACAUCGUUCAUCUGUUCAGCGGUUACUCUCGCCCUAUGGCUUCCAUCCCACUCGAAUCAGGCGGCCAUCUUAGCAUUUGCCGUGCUUUUUGGAUUUUGGAGCGGUACUGCGAUCAGUCUUGCGCCUGUUUGUGUUGCGCAAAUCUCCAAAACUGAAGAUUUUGGGAAGCGUUAUGGUACAACGUAUUGCUUGGUCAGUAUCGGCACACUCAUCGCCAUUCCAAUUGCCGGCGAGCUUUUAGAAGUGCAGACAUCCACGGGCCAGGAUGACUAUACCGGUCUGAUAAUUCUAUGUGGACUCGUCUAUUCUUGUGCGUGCGUCUUCUUUAUCUUAUCCAGGGGCGUGAGCGUUGGUUGGGGAUUGAAAGUGUUUUAG